GGGAGCAGGGAGUAGAGAUAUCAAGGAGCUGAUUACAGAAGUGGAACAAUGUCCUGAUAGAUGGCAAGAGGCCAUGCUGUUUCCCUGACAUCAGGCACUAACCAGGCCAUGGUUAGAUUUAAAGUGGCAAUGGCGUUCCAUAUACUCUUUGGCUGGAUUUACAGAGGUGUCAUAAACCUUCGCUGCGCUGGACACGUGUGGAUUGAACCAGCUCCAGUCAUUCAGAUGGGCUUGAACAUUUCUAUAAAUUGCCACUCUACAGUAAACUGCCAAAAGGCAAAGUUAUACAUGAUACUAAAUGAUACUACUCAAAUAGACGACAAAUUAUUAACAAGAAACAAAACCACACUGCAACUUCAGCUUCAUGAUUUCAGAAAACCAUUUUCCACCGUCAUAUGUUAUGCCAAGUGUGGCCACACAGACGUGUUAGUAUGUGGAACACAAUUUUCUGCAGGAUAUCCACCGGACAGUCCAACCAAUUUAUCUUGUGUCAUUUAUGAACAUUCAGACCACCUGACUUGUACUUGGGACCCAGGGAAACACACCUACUUAAGUACUAAGUACAUUCUCUACCUGAAGAGUUUACAAACAGAGGAGGAGGAAGCAUUUCCUUCAGAUGAAAUUCUCAACAUUCCAUUGAGCAAACUACAAGGAGGCAAACUGUAUGCUGUUUGGGUCCAAGCCAAAAACGUCUUAGGCACAGCCCAUUCAGAGCAUCUGCAAGUUAACCUGGAGGAUUUAGUGAUACCAGCGACACCUAUUAUCACCAAGGUUGAAACAACAGACAGUUCUUCCCCAAAAACCAUAAUCCAUUGGCAAAAGCAAACAUCAUUUGAGAACGUUUAUUGUGAAGAGAGAUACAAAGUGCUGGCAGAUCAAACGUGGCAUAUGAAAGGAUGGAACAUCAAUGUGACAAAUGUGCCACACAUGGAGUAUUACUUGGAGUCAAACACAGAGUAUGAAUUUCAAGUGAGGUGCCGAUUAAUACGUGCCCAAAGCUAUUGGAGUGGAUGGAGCGUGCCCUUUGUUUACUCAACCCCAGAAGCUGCACCUUCUAAAAUCCUUGAUGUGUGGAGGGUUCUGGGUCCAGCACACACAGAUGGUAGCCGAGAAGUGACCGUCUUGAUAAAGCCUCUUGCUCCAAAAGAUGCCCGAGGAAGAAUUCUGGGAUACACUGUGUUCCAAGAAAGCCGGGGAGAGGUGGUUAACUUAUGUAACACAUCAGAUACCCAGUGCAAAGUUCUGAUUUCCCCAGCCAUGCGUACCCUCUAUGUGACUGCAUAUAAUUCAAAGGGGAGUUCCAUGCCAGCCAGUAUAACAGUGACCCAAGAGUACAGUAAUUUUAAUGAUUUUGAGUCCCCCACCAACAUGCAGAUUAGACAUGAUGACCAGAGAGGAAUCUUUGUCAAAUGGGAGCUGCCUAAAAACACUGGCAGAUUAGUUCUGUGGUUCAUAGUGGAAUGGAUUUCUGCAGCUCAGCAUAAUCCGCAACACAAUAUUUUAUGGAAGAAAGUCCCCAGCAAGGACAUACUUACAUAUAUACAGGGAGACAUCAAAGCAGAAACUCUCAUUAACAUUUCAGUAUAUGCAGUGUAUCAAGAUGGAAUAAGCAAGCCAUGUUCUGGCCAGUUCUCUCUGGGGGAUUUAGUGAACCAGCUCCUGAAUGCAAGCGAUAUUUCCGAUCCUGUAAUCAUCGCCACAGUUACAGGGACGAUUUCCUAUGAUAAUGAUGAAGAAAUUUUUUGGGGAAUAGGCACUGGUGCGAUCAUAAUAUCAAUUGUUUUCUUAACUUUGAUAUUUAAAAAAUCAUUUAGAAAAAGACUUAGUACCGUACUUGCGUCAUUGACACCAAAAUGGUUGAUUGAAGAUUGUCCUAAUGUGGAAAACAGCAAUGUGGUAAAGUCACUCCAGGAAAGAUGGGAGUUAACGAAUAGUGAUUCUAUCCAGUUGCCCUUGAACAAUGAUGAUCCAGUAGUUACAGAAGUACUAGAGACAUCACUGCAGGAGGAUUACAAGACCACAAACACCAAAAAGGGAACCAGAAAAGUGGCCACUGAGCAUGUGGACAUCUUUCAAAACUCACUGCUUGUCAGCACUGUCAUCACUGAGCAGAACAACGGCUAUAAGCCCCAGGUUUCCAACGCAAGCCCACUGGGAAACGUAUUUAGCAAUACAAACAAAACACAGUCCCAAACAUUGGAUCCAAAUACGUAUCUCUCAAGCCAAGAUACAAAUGUUUUCUUGAAAGAUUAUACAAUUCCUAUUACUUCCUUGUGGAAUGUUGAAAGAACUGAGAGCAAUACCUUUUUACUUGAGAAAAUUAACCUCAUUGUAAACAACAGUAGAAGUGGGCAGAGUAACUCUUUCAGUGCAACAGAUGAGGAAUCUAGUAUACUUUUGGAAAACCACUGGAAAAGUCCAUCAACCACUGAAAAUGUUCAAGAGCAGACAUUACUUCCAGAUGAAUUGGUCUCUUGCUUAGGAGCUGUGACUGAAGAUUCCAUAGAUAUAAAGUCCUAUUUUCCACAAACAGUUGGAAAACUAUUUAAAUAGAAAUAAUUGUAAUAAAGAAAAAAACUUACUUUAAAUGAGAAAGAGAUGCAUCGUGGAGUUUAAUCUUUUUUAUUUCACAAGUGAGCUGAUGCGUUUUUUAAAAAAAGCAAAGUAAGUGACAUGCAUUUUAGAGACUUAAAUAUGACAAUAAAGAGCAUUUAAAGAAAUUAUUUGAAGAGGAAUUCUCCAGAACUUCAAAUAAUUCUGUAAUUCAUAGAAAGUGUCAAAUUUUUAUAUCAAACUUUCAGCAGCCCAUUAAAAAAUGGACUUUGAAAUGUUUGCUCAUUACUUGCUCAGUCAGGUCUCUGGUUCAGAGGGCCUUUAUUUGGUUCUGUGUUUGUACAGCACAAGGGGGUCCUGCUCCAUGACUAGGUCUCCUAGGUACUACUGCAAUACAAUAAUACAAUAAGAACACUAUUUGAAUAUCUGUGAUUAAAGUAAAAGUCAUUGUUAAGCAUCAGGUGCGGACCUACAAACAGCACCCAAUAUGUAAAUGCACUGCUGGCUUACCAUUGUUAUUUUUAGCCAUCUAGCUACUCCUAUCCUAAACCACCUUGCUACAAACAGUGGAUUACAUAUGAGAGGUGUAGCGCCACCUAUGGGGUUGUUUUAAAACAUUAUCCUGCGGCCUGGUCUACACAACAAAGUUCGGUUGAUGAGAGCCACCUUGUAUCAACCAAUUCAUGCAUGUGUCUGCCUUAUAGUGAUGCAAUAACACCGCCUCCCUGGACAGCACUGAGUCUUCAUUGAUGUACUGAGAUUGAUGCAGUGUGAGCAUAGACCUUGCAUGACCUACGUCAACCCUACUCAUCCUCUAGCGCUGUGUUUCUCAGCCUUUUUUCAGUGGCUGUAUCUCUACGGGGAGACCCCAGACAGGGGUAAGGGGGCCAAGGCUGGAUUUACAGCUGGGUCUGGCAUGGGACCGGCAGCUGGGACCCUUUGUAAAACUACCUCUACUGCCUGCAGCUGUGCCUUUUUGAUACUAGGAACCAGCUUGCUGCCUUCCUAUACUGUGUCA